CCAGCCAACCCCAGCAUCGGCAUAAAUUUUUCAAGAAACAUUCUAAAAUUCCAUGACUGCUUAUGUGUAACAGCCCUCUUUUAUGUAACCAUUUGCACUCCCAUUUUUAUGCAAACUGCAAAUUGCAAUUAUAUCUACUGGUUCUGGUAAAAAUUUACAAUAAGAUUCACUUUUCAAGCAUAAAUAGUUAGAUUUUCCAUUUCAGAUUUAGCAAACAUGGAGGCCAUGGAUUUUGACCCAGAGACCCUUCUGACAAGCACCAGCUCAGACCCAAUGCUGGGGAAGCCUGCCGAUCCGCUGCCUGCUUCAGCCACCGACCAGCAGGGACAACCAGCCCCAUCUGGCUCGUUUGUCGUGCUGCAGAGCGGCAACUCUCCUGGCGCCGGGCCGGGAGGUGUCACCCAGCUGGGCAAUAUCAGUGUCUCCAGCCUGGCUCCCGGACAGGGAGCUCGUGCCGCCGCCAGCCGGGUGACGGCGGUGAUGGGACGUCGGGCGGCCGGAACGGCGCCGGGCAGUCUGACCAAGUAUCUUAUAUCGCCUGGCCAGCAGGCGGUCUCCACCUCCGCGCCGGUCCGUAUGAUGGGCUCCACGGCCACGGUUCGUGUCGCCGCGCCACCUCCGCUGCAGCUGGGGGCCUCCAACACUAUCACACUGACUUCGGCUGAGGCGCAGCGACUGGGCAUCUUCAGUCCCAAGAAGCUGACGACAUUAGAGGGUGUCAAACAGAUAGGCAGCCCCACAAAGCGGAUCGUGGUGCGAUCGUCGCCCGGCCAGCAGUCCAAGCAGGGCGGCCUGGCAGCGGCGGCAGCGGCGGGAGCGCCGCCUCAGGUCCCGUUCAGAGUUCUCACCCAGUCGGGCCUGCCGCAGGCGGUGGGACGCAGUCAGUCACAGCCCGUGCAGUUUGUGCGCGUGGUCGGCUCGGCGGCCAACCAGCCCGUCUUCUCCGCUCCUCCGCCCGCCACGGCCGGCAGCUCUGUGAAGAUCGCCAUCGCGCCGGGAGGUCGUAUAGCGCCUCCCCCUCCGACCCAGCGUCUGCUGCUGCCUGCGGCACCGGUAGUGGGGUCCUCCGCUCAGGGCGGCGCCAUAGAGCAGAUGAUGACGGGAGCGGAGUAUAACAGCAGACCCAGGCCCAUGAUGCACACACCGGCGAGGCUGAACAGACCCACGCCACCCAACAGAGUGCCGAAGCCGCCUUCGACGCACAUGGCUCGAGCCGCCGCCCGCGGUAGCGAUGUGCAGAUCCGUCCACGCAAGCCCUGCAACUGCACCAAGAGCCAGUGCCUCAAACUGUACUGCGACUGUUUCGCCUCGGGCGAGUUCUGCAACAACUGCAACUGCACCAACUGCUUCAACUCGCUGGACCGAGAGGAGGAGCGGCAGCGGGCCAUCCGAGCCUGUCUCGACAGAAACCCGUUCGCGUUCAAACCGAAAAUCGGCAAAUCGGAUAAUGAGACCCGUAAACACCAGAAGGGGUGCAACUGUAAGAAGAGCGGGUGUCUGAAGAACUACUGCGAGUGCUAUGAGGCCAAGAUCUUCUGUUCCACCCAGUGUAAAUGCAUGGGCUGUAAGAACUACGAGUCUGCCAACACGCGUCCACCACGGCCCGGCGCAGGAUCGGGGGUGUCCGCGCUGGAGGACUCCCUAUCCCUCCUCCCCACCGAGGCGGGUCCCUCCUCCGGCCGCGGCCCGCGGCGCACGGGCGGCCUCAAAGUGGCCACCUUCCCCGUAACCGAGAAAGCUCCGGCUGCCGUGCGGGUGACGCAGGACGUCAUCAGCGCGACGCUGUCGUGUCUGAUGACGGAGGCGGCGCUGGCGGGAGAUACGGCGGAGGGGCAGCAGAGGGUGCUGAGGGAGUUUGGACGGUGUCUGUCCGAGAUUAUCGACUAUGGCUCCAGGAGACGUGGAGCCAGUGCCGCCGUACCGGGCGUAGUAUGAGAAGGCACGGACCGGUCUCGAACUUCAGAAACAGCCAGAGAUACUGCCACUUCCUCUGGGCCGCUCGACUACCGCGACACUUAUAAUGUGCGCCAGUGGUGUCACCUACAAUGAUGAUCCAUCAGUGGUGAGGUCUACUACACAUGAAUCACGCACUGAAGGGUCCUUAGGUCGGCGACUGGCGACAUGAGAUGAGACUUGAACUAUCCAAAAACGCACUUUUGUGUGAGAGGAGAUCAUGUAUGAUUGUGACGGGAGCUGCUCCCUCCCAAUGAUAGUUGUGGCGGUGUAUGAGUCAUGGUGUACAUAACUUCAUUAGCGAGACUUCAGUGACCCUAUCAUCGGCGACAACACUUCAGAAUGUUAUGGUUGUGACGGCUUGUUGUCAUGGUUGGAUCAUCGUGCAUUUGACUGGGACCAAGAAUGUAGAGCUCUUGAAACUGGAAGGUUAGCCACGCCACCUUACUAGCUAGACGAGGCUUCUGAAGGAAAUGGACGCAACUUAAACAUUUCCCUUCUAUGGUUGAGUUGCGAACUGAGUGUUGGAAAACAGCUCACUUGGUCAAGUAACAUACGAGCUGCCUCGUAUAGCUAUCUGCUUUAUCGGACUUCAAAUAAAUGGGCAUUGGGGACCACCUGGAAUCGACCGAUCGUUCAAUUACUUCCUGCUUUUGGCGGCGAUAGAAAAACAAACUUAAGUCGUAAAUGUUCAGAUUAUUUCCGUAUAUAUGAAUAUCUCGCCGGGAUCGUCCGACUAAUAGGGCUUUUCAGAAUCAUGACCAAAACCGAGCCGAUUCUAGGAGACUUCGGAUCAAACUGUGCAUACCGUGGUUUGAAGCGAGGGUGGCCAAACCACUUGCCCUGUAGUAUGGAUAAUUUAGGAUAUCCAUUACUACACUAAUUUCAUCCAUUACUCAUAAUUUCACUGUGUGUGCUUCAUAUUGUGCGAUGCAUGGUUUUGGAUGUGUUUACUGUCUUCUCAUACUAGGCGUUACGUAACUUGAAGAGGUCCCACACGUAUGGACAUUAUGAAAACUUGUACGAUGUUCGAUUUAUAACGCGGGACAUUCAACUAUUUCCUAAACUCCAUAUUUUCACCUUCAUCCGUGACCAACAAUGUGUGCCUUGCGCUCCGUUUCUUCAGACAACUUGUCGUUCGUCUCUUCUUAAAUUUUCGUGUGUUUGUUGCUAAUGUGCGCCAUAAUCACAAAUAGCGAUGCGUUUCAGCAUUGUUACAUUGUGCGGAUGCACUAUGUAGUGAGGUGUAUGUUAUGUAAAUGAGAGUGAAUAAGGAUGGAUGAAUGGGUUACACGGUGUAAGAAAGAGGGAAGUGAGGAUCAUGAAAUGUCUUCGAGCACGCUCUUGUUUCUGUUUUCUAAUAUAAACCUCGUCUUUUC